AUGUCGAGUACUGAAGCUACCCCUGAUAAAUACGAAGCCGUCCGUAAGGACAUUAUCAAAGUCUUUCCCGAUGAAGAUUAUGACGAUGGUUCAUUUGCCCCUGUGUGCCUUCGUUUAGCCUGGCACGCUAGUGGUACUUAUGAUCGUCAUAAGAAGAAUGGUGGCAGUGAUGGUGCUACGAUGCGUUUCAAGCCCGAAGCUGAAGAUGAAGCCAACAAUGGUCUCGAAGUUGCUCGUGCUCGUCUUGAACCUGUAAAGCAAAAGCACCCAUGGAUCCCUUAUGCUGAUUUGUGGACCCUCGCUGGUUGUGUCGCUGUUGAACAUAUGGGUGGUCCUCACAUUGAUUGGAUCCCUGGUCGUCGUGAUAAGCAUUCUGAAAAGGAUUGUCCUCCUGUUGGUCGCUUGCCUGAUGGUGCCUUGGGCAAGAGCCACGUGUUGGAUGUGUUUGUCGAGCGUUUGGGCUUCACUGUUCAAGAAACCGUUGCCCUUAUCGGUGCCCAUACCGUGGGUCGUUGCCACAGCAACCGAUCUGGUUUCGAAGGUCCAUGGACUACCACUCCUACUCGUUUCUCCAACCAAUUCUUUAAGCAAUUGUUGUAUGAGAAGUGGGUUGAAAAGAAGUGGGAUGGUCCCAGACAAUUCGUUGAUGAGGAUGAUGACCAAAUGAUGUUGCCCACUGAUAUGGCCUUGUUGGAAGAACCCUUCAGACCCUACGUUGAGCUCUAUGCCAAGGACAAGGAGAAAUUCUUUGAAGACUUUGCCAAGGCAUUCUUAAAGUUGAUCGAAUUGGGUGUCGAACGCAGAGGAAAGUUGUAA